AUGAUUCGAUACCAGUUUCAAGUCGGGGAUAGCCCAAGGCUAGUUGGUGCCAGCAAAGAGACUAUUGAGGGCAGUCUACAGGCUAGAUGA